UGGAGCAAACAAGAGGAUAUAGAACACAGACGUUAAUAAGACGCUGAAAGAGAGAGAGAGAUGUGUGUGUGUGUGUGUGUGUGUGUGACUCUGUGAAUAUGAGGAAGACAUGAAGAUGAAGCAGCAGGACUAAAGGUGGAUUGCACAGAGCCUUUCUCUCCUUGCAAGGGCUUGUCUGCAGUAUCCUUUGUAAAUGGAUGCUGGCUUGUGAACACGACUCGGAGGCCUUCAGUUGUCGGGGAGAUAUCACACCACAGAAGAAGCAGAGAAGAUUUUAUCAGGAAGAUCAAGCAGAACAGGCCAAAUAUCGAACUGAGGUGGACGGUUGCAGAAGCCGAACGAGGGCGAGAGCCAUGUGGGAGGAGAGUGAGGGAGUUUCGCUAUUUGCACGCAUCAAGCCCAAACACUUUCUCUACUGACAAACAGUGAACGUUCCCCGGCCUUCCUCCAGAGCUUUUCCUCAGGGGGAGCCCCUGCUAUGAACCCCAGCUCCAUUGGCUUCAGCAGGCAGUCCAACCUCAGUGCCAGACGCUGUGUGGGCCCACAAGUCUGGGUUCUGCCCACACAGGACUCACAGACUGCCCCUGCACAAAAAGAAUGAAAUACUCCUGAGUUACUCCUCUAUGCGGUGGCUGCCUCUCUACUGUCAAAUUAGUCUGUUGUGAAGUUUUGUCUGCCUCUUCCGCAGCAAGUUCAUACCUUUAGCGAAAACCCCGCCCAGCUCCUCCACCGACUCCUUUUCGGUCACCACUUCGUUUUAAUUUGCUUUCCCAUCAAGCAGCAGCACGAGUUCCUUUGUGCUUACCACGUGGUGGAGGACCAUGGGAUGCCGUCAGAGCUCGGAGGAGAAGGAAGCGGCGCGGCGCUCGCGGCGAAUCGACCGGCACUUACGGUCAGAGAGCCAGCGGCAGAGGCGUGAGAUCAAGCUUCUGUUGCUGGGCACGAGCAACUCGGGCAAGAGCACCAUUGUCAAACAGAUGAAGAUCAUCCACAGCGGAGGCUUCAACCUGGAGGCCUGCAAGGAGUACAAGCCCCUCAUCCUGUACAAUGCCAUUGACUCGCUCACCCGCAUCAUCCGUGCCCUCACCACUCUCAAGAUCGACUUUCACAAUGCUGAUCGCGCCUACGACGCCGUGCAGCUCUUUGCCCUCACGGGGCCGGCCGAGAGCAAGGGGGAGAUCACUCCAGAGUUACUGGGGGUCAUGAAGCGUCUUUGGGCCGACUCAGGGGUCCAGGAGUGCUUUCAACGAUCCAAUGAGUACCACUUAGAGGACAACACUGCCUACUACCUGAAUGACCUGGACCGCAUCUCUGCAGCUGAGUAUAUCCCCACUGUAGAGGAUAUCCUGCGAUCCCGCGACAUGACCACCGGCAUUGUGGAGAACAAGUUCACCUUCAAGGAGCUCACCUUCAAGAUGGUGGAUGUGGGUGGACAGCGUUCGGAGAGAAAGAAGUGGAUCCACUGCUUCGAGGGCGUGACUGCAAUCAUUUUCUGUGUCGAGCUAAGUGGCUAUGACCUCAAACUCUAUGAGGACAACCAGACGAGCCGCAUGGCCGAGAGCUUGCGCCUGUUUGACUCCAUCUGCAACAACAACUGGUUCACCAACACGUCGCUCAUCCUCUUCCUCAACAAGAAGGACCUGUUGGCUGAGAAGAUCAAACGCAUUCCUCUGACAGUGUGCUUCCCUGACUACAAAGGUCAGAACACCUAUGAGGAGGCAGCUGUCUAUGUGCAACGGCAGUUUGAGGACCUCAACCGCAACAAGGAGACCAAGGAGAUCUAUUCGCACUUCACUUGUGCCACUGACACCAGCAACAUCCAGUUUGUGUUCGACGCUGUCACGGACGUGAUCAUCCAGAACAAUCUCAAGUACAUUGGGCUGUGCUAGGACCUGAGACUGGGUGGGUGGGGGUGGGGGUGAGUGAAGCAGGCUGCUUUGGCAGCAGUCACCCCGCCAUCAGGCUGGAUAAACAAAAGGCAUGUCAGUCUGCCUGACAGUUUAUCUCUUUGAAGAGGUGCAACAGAGAACUGCAGAUGAAAUGAUGAUGGUCAGAGAGGGACGAUACUGUAGAUUCAAGUGUUUCAAUUGAAACAAUGGAGCUGGUGGGCCAUGGUCAAGAUGGGAUUUUUACCCAAUGUGUUUGCACUGAAUUUGAGUAUGCAGAGACACCCAAACAGACACACACACAAACAAACACGCACCGACACACACCUUUACUUUGCUCACACACAAGAUCCUUGGAUCUGCAGUCAAGCACUUGUUUGACAAGGCAACACUGGAUAUUUUAGACAGCUACCCCUACCUGCCUGCCAAACCUGAGGGAGUCGGUCUGUACUGGUGGCUUUCAGUUACGUUUGUCUACUUUAUUUUAUUUGCCAGAGUCAAUUAAUGCUGCUUUUCAAGAAGAAAUUUGACAGAAUCAAUGUUCUCUUUUGGAUCUUCACCCUAACAAUGGUAGCCAGUGAGUGCACCUGAUGAGAAUAAUGAUCAGUAGACAUGAUGUCACAGGGUUUCUGCCUAAAAAAGGAAACUGCCACAGUGUAAAGCUUAAGUGAAGUACGUUUUCUACACACUAUUUCUGUUUUGCCCGUUGGUCGACUCUCUAACGUUGUUCUUUUCCCCUCUUUCUUUUAUCUUUUUUUGUGCUUUAAAAAAAAAGAAUAUGUCUCUCAAACCUGCCUUUUACAGCAGGUCACUGACUUAUCAUACCAGGAGAGUGUUAUGCUCCAUUGAGUCUAAAGUAUUCUUUAUAAUCAUUCCAGUUUCCAGCAAGAGACAACAAAAACAGUGCCAAGUUCAAUUUGUAAAUAAAACCAGAUCCCAUCCAUUACCUUCAAUUUUGCUUUGUUUUUAUGGACAAAUACAUUAAAACAUGCAUGAUUUUGUUACUUUGGGAUACUAAUAUAUUUUCUUUGGGAUUAUGUUCCUCUUAGGUUUAAAUAAUAUAUUCCCAAAAAUAUAUAUAAAAGUCAAACACUGUGUACGAUUGUACAGUUGUCAGAGAGGAAUCUAUUGAAAAGAGUUUUAUCAGUAUAAUGACGGUUAUUAUGAUGUUAUGAUGAUGAUGAUGGUGAUAGUGGUGAUGAUGAUCACAAUGAUGACAACAAAAGUCUUACUAAAAAGUUAGCAUGAGAGUAUAAGGUGGGUCAAAGGAGAACAAGACUGUAGAAAAAUAUGAAAAUGAAGAAGCAAACCUUGAGAGUUCAAUCUUCCUUGCAUUAUCUAAGUGGAAAUUGUUAAACAGCCAGUCAGUAUGAUGUGUAAAUAUACUGUAAGGUACACUCUUUGUUCAAACAAAUGAAAAUAAAGGUUGAGCUGGGAUACUGUAAGUGAGAUAAAGAGAGAGCGAGAGAAAGAGACGGAGGAAAACCCCACUCCACUCCUCCUCUUACCCUUUCUUUUCAGUUCAGAGGGUGAUGUGCAAACAACUCAGCUAAGGGCUUCAGGCUUGACUUUACGGGAUGUCCACCUCAACAAAAGACAAAACAAGUAAAAAAGAAAUAUAAAAAGGACAAUAACUAUGAAUAAAACAACU